UGAGGAACUGUGCGCACCGCCUGCUCCUGCUCGCGCUUCUUCGUGCCUCCCCGUGCGCAAACGUUUGCGCGUGACUCUGAUUGACGCUGAUUCUGGACACUUCGCAGCGCUCUGAGCAGAAAAAGUCAUCAGACCCCACUUUGGUGAGUGAAGAUGAUUCCUGUGCUCAUCUGUGUUCUGAUUUCACUAACUGUAGCAGACAGUGAUUUAGACACCGCGUACCCAGACCUGGAGCUCUCCAGAACCAUCUAUGUCACAGAAAAUGGCCCACAGCUCUCGGUGGUGGCAAAAGAGUCAAAGGUUGUGUCGAGGCGAGGAGGGAAUGCUACAUUACCAUGCAGGAUCCAGAGGUAUCCAUCAAUGCCACCCAAUCACAAGAUGAGGAUCAAGUGGACGAAGCUGACCUCAGACUACCUGAAAGAGGUGGAUGUUUUUGUCGCCAUGGAUUUUCACAAACGGAGUUACGGCAGCUUCCAUGGACGGGUCCACUUACAAGGCUCUUCUCCCAUGGAUGCUUCUCUGGUUAUCACAGAACUCACCCUGGAGGAUUAUGGGAGAUACAAAUGUGAAGUUAUCGAUGGUCUGGAAGAUGGAACAGCAGUUGUAUCUCUUGACCUUGAAGGCGUUCUCUUCCCGUACUUUCCCCGCCUGGGUCGCUACAAUCUCAACUUCUACGAUGCCGAGAAAGCUUGUCGUGACCAGGAUGCCAUUGUGGCAUCCUUUGACCAACUCUUUGAUGCGUGGAGCGGAGGCCUCGACUGGUGCAAUGCUGGGUGGCUGAGUGACGGCUCAGUCCAGUACCCCAUCACCACACCCAGAGAACCUUGUGGAGGCAAGAGCACAGUUCCGGGCAUUCGUAACUACGGCCUGAGAGACAAGGAAAAGAACCACUACGAUGUCUUCUGCUUCACCUCUCACUACAAAGGUCGGUUCUACUAUCUGAUUCACCCUUCUAAGUUGACCUAUGACGAAGCAGUCGGAGCAUGUCAAAAAGAUGGUGCUCAGAUUGCCAAGGUCGGCCAGAUGUAUGCUGCCUGGAAGCUGCUGGGCUACGACCGCUGUGACGCCGGCUGGCUGGCCGACGGCAGCGUCCGCUAUCCCAUCGCUAAUCCCCGGCGGCGCUGCAGUCCUACAGAAGCUGCCGUUAGGUUCAGUGGCUUCCCCGACAAAAAGCACAAGCUGUACGGAGUGUACUGCUUCUCUGGCCACGACUAAAAUACCAAACAGACAAAACAACGCUCAUACACACACAAUCUCUCACACACACACACACACACACACACACACUAGUAGAGUGUAUAAGAGACAGAUUUUUGAACAAACACAUUCAAACUGUGAUGCUUUAUUUCAUGGAAAUGUUAAGACAUUAUUGUCAUGUUGUUACUUUGUAAUCUUGGACCCGACACUUUACAAGGGUCAGUUUACACAUAUUUAAGGUUCCUAUUAUUUAAUCGAUAAAGUGCUGCAGGGAUGAUGCAUUUUUGUAGCCCAGCCCAGAAGUUAGCUUCACCCUGGUUCCCUCAACCUAAAACAAUAAAACAAAAACAUUCAGAAGGUAAGAUUCAUGAUAUCAGUAAGGAGCUCUUCAAAACUGAUAAAUACGAUUCCCAAACACAAAAUACUAAUAAUAAUGGGAUAUAAUCCAACUACACCAAGGUAACCUCCAUCACUAAGCUCCCUACGUAAUUUGAUUUAGUGCAAUACAUUUCCACACAUACGCAGACUCAUUCCUUAACAUUGUUGUAAAAACAGACUGUGACUUGAUUGGUUUUCAUGUUUUCUACUUUAAAUCACCACAUCAACGCUGCUGGAUAACUUUUGACUAACUUCAUUGGGCAUGAAAAGAAAAAAGAAUCUCCAGGACUCGUUCCUGCAGCAUUUUAUGCAUUUAAGAGGGGCGGUUGGUUAGGGGAGGGACUUCAAUCAUACUGUCAAUCAAGAAUGGACCAACCAUUUGAUAUAACAAUACAUGUCUGAACUGAGUUUAACAGCAAUUGGUCGGAUGGAUACUUUUUGUUGAAGACCAGGAACAACAACAAGAGAGAUCACUUACAGAGGCUCUGUAAUAACCACACUGAUCUCAGUUGUCCAUUCUUAUGCUGCGUUGCAUUUGUAGUCGGAACCGGAAAAUUCGGAUUUACAACUCGAAUUCCAAGAUGGCUGCCACCAAACACUUCCCACUUUUACGACAUUAAGACAUUUGCUACACUGUUAAAAUACCAUGUCCAGCAUUGGCUAGCAAAGGUUAGCAAUGGCUAGCAGUGGUUAGCCCAAGUUAGGUUUGUGUCCAUGUUGUUUUUUUCUGCCUUCUCAACCGGAAGUCAGUGAACUCGGGCGAUGUCACGCCAAGUUCCGACCUCCGAGUUUGUGACUGUAAAUGGAACGCAGCAGUAACAAGGUGCUAUGACCAGUACUUUGUACUUCAUCAUGUUGUCCAGUAUUUUAGGUUUUUAUACAAAUGUGUUGGACCAAACAUCAGUCUCAUCACUAACGUGAGUAAGAAACAGGAACAUCCAAACGUUAGCAUUGUAGUAUGUAGAAUGUAAUUAUCUUAAAAAAAAAAAAAGUGUA